AUGGACGCCACACAAUACGUCUAUGUCUCUGAGAUAUUCCCGAGUCAUUUACGCUCUGUGGGCGUUGCAUUCAGCGUGGCCUCCUUUUAUCUGGCAUCCGAGGUGACUCUCUCAGUUGCGCCUAUUGCUAUGAAUAGCAUCGGGUGGAAGUUCUAUCUCGUGCUUAUUUGCCCGAGCUUCUUCUACAUUAUUUUGCUUUUCAUGUAUCUCCCUGAAACCAAGGGCUGCACUCUGGAGGAGAUUGGUGGCCUUUUUGGCGAUACAAAUAUUGCAAACCGAUGGUAUGAAUUGAAUGAGGACGAGAGAAAUGCUCUCCAUGAACAUGUGAUGCUGGAAAAGAAGGAUUCUGGCGCUGUUGGGGAUGCACAGACCAUUGAGUAUAUCGGGGUUUAA